GCCGGCAGCGGGACGCGGCCAUGGGGAAGGUGCUGGUGCUGGCUGUGCUCGGGAUCGCGGCAGCCCUGGCGGCGGAGCGGCUGCUGGCGCUGCGGAACAGGCUCAAUGCUUCCCGGGAAAUAGCCCCAGUGACCCUCCCGAACUGCCGGCUCAUUAAAGGCAUCGAAACUGGUUCAGAAGACAUUGACAUACUUCCCAAUGGACUGGCUUUCAUCAGCUCCGGCUUGAAAUAUCCAGGAUUAAAGAGCCUUGCACCAGACAAGCCAGGUGAAAUCUUUUUGAUGGAUUUGAAUGAAGACAAUCCCAGAGCAGUGGAACUGAGAAUCAGCCGAGGGUUUGAUCUGGCAUCAUUUAACCCCCAUGGAAUCAGCACCUACAUAGACAAAGAUGACACCGUGUACCUCUUUGUUGUAAAUCAUCCCCAUCAGAAGAGUACAGUAGAAUUAUUUAAGUUUGUAGAAGAUGACAAUUCUCUUGUACACCUGAAAACCAUCCGACACGAACUUCUGAGCAGUGUGAAUAAUAUAGUGGCUGUGGGACCAGACAGCUUCUAUGCUACCAAUGACCAUUACUUCUUUGACUUCAUCUUGAUAUUCUUGGAGAUGUUCUUGGGUUUAAAUUGGUCGAAUGUUGUUUACUACAGUCCAAAAGAAGUUAAAGAAGUAGCAGCUGGGUUUUAUUCAGCCAAUGGAAUUAACAUUUCACCUGACAGAAAGUACAUCUAUGUUGCAGAUGUAUUUGAUCAUAAUGUCCAUGUUUUGGAAAAACAUGCUGAUUGGAACUUAACUCAUGUGAAGACGCUACAGCUGGACACUCUGGUUGACAACUUGUUUAUUGACAGUGACACUGGAGAUGUCUGGAUAGGAUGUCAUCCUAAUGGGAUGAAGCUGUUCUAUGAUGAUCCGAAAAAUUUGCCUGGCUCUGAGGUCCUGCGGAUCCAGAACCCGCUCUGGGAGGAGCCGGUGGUGACCCGCGUGUACGCGGAGAACGGGUCGGUGCUGCAGGGCAGCUCGGUGGCCGCCGUGCACCGCGGGAAGCUGCUCAUCGGGACCGUCUUCCACAGGGCUCUCUACUGUGAGCUGUAGCUGCUCUUCUGGGUAAGGUCUGCUGCUCUGCAAGGGGUUUCCCUCCUUAGGAGCUCGGUUUCUGCUAGAUUUGCUAACAAGGAGACUGUUCCAAUACUGGUUAACUACAGUAA